AUGGCAUUCGCAGGUUUCUUUUCCCGUGGACAAUAUUUUUUUGAUGUCAAUUUACAAUAUCUAUUUUACGUUGGGUUAUGGCCAAAAGAGGAUUUUACAAGGGAUAAAGUAAUUUUGUACAAGUUGUAUGAAGUACUUUUGCACAUUUUAUCCUUAAUAUACGUUGUAACAACCAGCAUUGGGACAUAUCAGAAUAAACAGGACAUAGCAAUAUUCUUGUCUAAUUUAGACAAAACUCUUGUUGCUUACAAUUUCGUACUGAAAGUUUUAGUUUUUGUCAUGAAACGGAAACAUGUUGAGAAAUUGAUUAAGGAAAUUGAAGCUUCUGGUGAUAGAAUUUCUAAUAAUCAAAAACGUUUAAUGGCUUUACACGUUAUUAUUAUUACGAUUGUAAUGACAGGUAUAAUCGGUUUAUUUGGUCUACUAGCUUUAUUCAAAAUGGAGAUGAUUGUUGAAGCUUGGAUGCCUUUCGAUCCACACCAGAAUAUGACAAAUUAUUUAAUGGCUACUCAAAUCUUGGUCAUAUCAUUUACUGUACCUUGUUCGUUCAGAUCAAUAGCUUUGCAAGGGAUAGUUUGUAGUAUUGUAUUAUAUUUAUGUGAGCAGUUUAUAGAUUUGCAAAACAGAAUUAAGGGUUUAGAAUAUUCAAAAGCGAAUGAGUUGUUAAUGAGAAUAGAAUUUAAGGAAAUAGUGAAAAAACACAUGCGUUUGAUAAAGUUUUCUAAGCAAUUAUCUACAACGUUUGAAGAGUUUUUCUUAAUUCAAAAUUUAGCUGUUUCGGUUGAAAUGUGUCUGAAUGCAAUGAUGGUGACAAUGAUUGAUCGCGAGCAAAAGACGGUGUUAGCAAGUUUUAUAGCUUUCUUGAUAUUAGCACUGAUAAAUGCUUACAUUUACUGUUAUUUGGGUAACGAAAUGAUUAUUCAGAGUGAAGGCAUAGCUAUGGCUGCGUAUGAAUCCUCUUGGACAUCGUGGCCUCUCGAUAUGCAAAAAGAUCUCCUCAUUGUUAUCAGGGUAGCACAAAAACCAUUGAGUCUCAGUGCAGGCGGUAUAGUUACUAUGUCUAUGAAAGCAUACAGCCAGGCAUUGUACAAUGGCUAUUCUAUUUUUGCUGUUCUUAAUGAUGCUGUUGACUAG